UGAAUACACAAUCACUAAAGCCUUAGAAAACCCACAUGAACAGAACUCGCCCAUGCUUGCGUUUGCUGCCUCUACUCAUGAAAACCAAACCUUUUCCAGACCGACGAAACUAAAAACAUUUUGUAACAUAAAGACAAUGGACUACCUUUGAUGGCCAGCACAAUCUCAAGGAGCAGUUAUUUCUCGCGCGAUGGUAGGACGCUGCCGUCCUGACGUCACCGGUUGCCAUAGCAGCAUCCUCCCAGACGGGAGAGCGGGUGGCGCGAGAGGCGGAGCACCACUUCUGCAGCGGACAGGGCUCGCUCUCCUGCAGGUCUGACUCUUAGCAAAAUGAACGGUCAGGGUGAGGCCAGCAACCCUUCGGUCGCUAAAACCUGCGGCCCCGCCGCUCCCGACCAAGCCCCGGCACAGCCGGACCUAAACCCGCGCGGGAGCGAGGACGCGGAGGCGCCGCGGGAGGUGGAGGUGGAGGUGGAGGUGGAGAUGGCGCACACAGGUGAGGGCAGCGUGGCCGGCUCCGCGGAGGGAGGCGCAUCCCAGGCCCCCUCGGACGGUGGUCCCGUGCGCGGCGAUCAAGUUGCUCGGGGUCGUGAUGCGGCAGCCAAAACGGACCAGAAAGAGGCUCGGCCUCCCGCAGAGGGACUGGACGCAGCCCCUGCCUCCCCCUCGGUGGCUGCCGACAAUAGCCAGGAAAAUGGCUGUCAGCCGCGAGAGCCGUGCGGCCCAGCUGGGGAGAAAGCGCCAGAAGCCUGUGACGCAGAGGGAUUGGGGUCUCAGACGAUGCCUGGGGCCAAGGCCAAGGACGGGAUGACAAAGAAGUGCGCCAUCUCAGCGACGGUGGGAAAGGAGGGAGUAGCAGAGGAGGCGGUGGAGGAGAAGAAAUUGAUACAGAAGGAAAAAAAGGUGGUAGGAGGAGGGAAAGAGGAGGCGCGGGCUAGGACCCCGAAGGCCAAUAACUCCAUGGACUCGCUGGAGGCGAUCGAUCAGGAGCUGUUAAACGUAAAUGCCCAGGCAGACAGGGCCUUCCUUCAGCUGGAGCGCAAGUUUGGCCGGAUGCGAAGGCUCCAUAUGCAGCGCAGAAGUUUUAUUAUCCAAAAUAUCCCUGGUUUCUGGGUCACUGCCUUUGGGAACCACCCCCAGCUGUCACCUAUGAUCAGUGGUCAAGAUGAAGAAAUGAUGAGGUACAUGAUCAAUUUGGAGGUGGAGGAGCUUAAACACCCUAGAGCAGGCUGCAAAUUCAAGUUCAUCUUUCAGAGCAACCCCUACUUCCGAAAUGAGGCGCUCGUCAAGGAAUAUGAGCGCAGAUCCUCUGGCCGGGUGGUGUCUCUCUCCACUCCAAUCCGCUGGCACCGGGGCCAAGACCCCCAGACCCAUAUCCACAGGAACCGGGAAGGGAACACGAUCCCCAGUUUCUUCAACUGGUUCUCAGACCACAGCCUCCUGGAAUUCGACAGGAUUGCUGAGAUUAUCAAAGGAGAACUGUGGUCCAAUCCCCUACAAUAUUACCUGAUGGGUGAAGGGCCCCGAAGAUUUCGAGACCCAGCAAGGCAGCCGGUGGACAGCCCCAGGGCCUUCAGGUUCCAGUCUGGCUAACUCCUGGCCUGUGAGAAGCUCCUGCACCAUUUCUUUACCACCUCCUCUUGGGCCCUAUGCUUAGCCAAUAGCAUGCACUCUCCCUUCUGCUUUCUCUUCACACCGGAUUAUUUUGUUUUUUGGUUCUUCUAAGUCUUCAAUCAGUUGCAAGAUUAUCACUUACAUGUCUAUGCUCUUCUUCCUCUGGGCUUCCUUGCUGUUCUGCGAAGUGUUAUGUGUUCCAAGUGCAUGGCCUUGUACUGCUUUUGUGCCAAGCACAGGACGCCGUAGAUACCCACUGACUUCCUCUGCAUGCCUUGGGCCCUGUCUGUGAUGAUGGUCUUUCCCCAGGUUUUCCAGUGGUGAGCUGCCACACGUUAACUUGAUAUAUAUCUUUGCAAAUAACUAGCUGGGCUUCAUACUUUAUGCUGGCUGUGCUCCUAUACUUGGCACUCUGUGGCAAGAUCUUUCGAGCUUCACCACUGCAAGAUGAAGCUGAUAGAGAUGAUGCCAGCCAUCAACCCCAACUGGACACUCCAGGCUACCACUAACUGGUUCCCAGCUGCCUUCCUGGGCUCAUGCCAUCUCACCUGCUGGUUAUCUGGCAGAAUAAGCAGGUGACUGGUGGGUAGCUAAUAGGCUUGAAUGAGGUAGCAGAUGAGAAGUCCACUGUGUCAUGUUGAUCUUCUUAUGCCUUUGGUCACUGUACUGUGACCAAGUACUGUUUGAGAAGCUGGGAGGAGAGACAGAAGCACUUCACAGAGAUGGGUUCAAGACUCACAGCAAGUUGUGAUAUAAAGCAAGCAAAAAUUAGUUUGACUCUACUUUUCUAAAGAUGGCGAUUCUUUGUGGGGGGCCUUGGACCACUUAGAAAUAACCCCAAGCAGCAUUUUGUGGGUCAACCCCGUGUUCUGUACUAUUUUAUUAUAGCCCUGAUGUCAUAAGGCCUCCAUCCUACUGCCUGGCCCUUGACUCUCAGUCCCCAGCUUCCUCAUUUCCUUCCCUGCUUCUGCCCUAACAAAAGAGGGAGCAGGCUGCUGUCUGCAUUGGGCAGAUGCCAAGUCUCCCUCCUAGGGUGUAAGGAGAUAGGUGGCGCCUCUGGAUUCUCAGACAAGUUCUAGUUGGUGGGACAACAGUAUGUCAGGGCUGUCUUACUGCUGGAGGGGUAUGGUGGUGCCGAUGACCUCCACCCUUACCCUUUCUCCUUUCUUGAUGAAGGCCAGGCCAUAAGCUCCCCAGGGCUUGGGAAAUCUGGAUACAGAGCAUUGGGGAGCAUGCUCUAAGCUGGAGAAACGGAAAGCCCAGAAACAAAUGAGCCUGCUGUGGAGUGGCCUUGGAAAGGCAGGCAGGGGAGCCUGGAACCCUGCAGGUUCAGGGGGAGAGGGGAGGCCCAACGCUCUCCCCAAGAGAGGUGGGAGGAUCAGUGGUGAUUUAAAGAGGAUGCUUGGAAGAGGGUUUCCCGCUAAUUUUUCCUAUCUCCUUGAAUUCACCAGACUUUUAUACACAUAAAUGCAAGUCUAGAUGUUUUCUCUCUAUUAUUCUAGGAGUGAUCUUUUAUAUGUGGAAGAUUGAUGGUAUUUGCUUCUUAUUUUGCUGUGUUUGAGUAAAAUCCUAUUCCCUAUUUUUGCUUGCUGGCAGAAUUGACAUUUACAGCCUUUUUUUUUUUUGCUUGUAAUUGAGAAUGUGUGCAAAAAUAUCAAAUUUGUUUCCUGUGCAGAAUGAAGACUUCUGUGAAUAUUAUUAAUAUAUCAGCUUGUUCUGGUCUAUCUUCGUAUAUAGCUCUAUCCUUAGAAAUAGAAUGGGAAUAAUGUGAUCUUUGAAGAGUCUGAAAUUGUGCAAAUGUUGCUGUCUUGUGAAAGUAAUCUCAAGAAGAAAAACAUAACCGUCUUCUUUGGUAUUUCUUGCCAUAGUAGUAAUGUGGUACUUGAUAUUUUAUGUUCCUAACCAGUGUAAGUGCUUGUAGAAUUGCUCUGUCAAAUUUAACAAGGGUCCUUUUGUUUUCUCCUAUGUGCUCAAAGGAAAAGUAAAAUCUGUCAGUCUGCUGUAUUUCUUGUUUUCACCAAAAUAAAAAUUAAUAAAGUUC